CACGGGGAAAUCCGUUGCGGCCUCGCUAGUUGAGAACAGUAACGGGGGCGAGUGAAACAGAUGAAUACAUGUUGUCACCGGAAUGGACUUUAAGAAGAGCCGAUAUGGAAGGUUCAUGAAUGGCAGAGUUCCAUCCAGUAGGAGAUACCAGCCUACAGACUACGAACACGCUGCCAACUGUGCCACACAUGGACUCUGGAUCAUCCCCAGCCUGGUGGGCGGGUCUGUACUCUACUUCCUGUCUGUGGACCAAUGGCAGGCUGCUGCUGCCUGGUUGUACGGGGCGGGGCUUAGUGGUCUAUUCAUCUCCUCCACUCUGUUUCACACCGUGGCCUGGAAGAUCAGACACCUCCGUAAAGUGGAGCAGCGUUUCCACAUGGGUGACAGAAUGGCCAUCUACUUCUUCAUCGCUGCUUCCUACACCCCCUGGUUAAUGCUGAGGGAGUUGGGUCCAUGGUCGUGUCACAUGCGGUGGAUAAUCUGGGUCAUGGCAGUUAUCGGCUCCACGUACGUCUUCUACUUCCACGAGAGGUAUAAACUGGUGGAGUUACUAGGAUACGUGGCCAUGGGGGCGGGGCCUGCACUGGUCAUCCUGUCCAUGGCGGACAGGGCAGGUUUGUGUGAGCUGGCGGUGGGCGGGGUUUUCUACGUAGUGGGUGUGGCCUUCUUUAAGAGCGAUGGAGUCGUCCCAUUCGCUCACGCCAUCUGGCACCUGUUCGUUGCCAUGGGAGCAGCUACACACUACUACGCUAUCUGGAGACACCUGUACACACCUGGACACUGAGACACACACCUACCGUGGUGCUAGCUAAACAGUGAUCUGGUCUGACAUUACAUAGUGACAUUACCACAACCAACUGUUACAAUUAUUAGUAGUAGUAAAAGUACCACAGUUACUAACAUGCUGGAAACAGGCUUUGAUUAAAUAAUGCCUGUAUGUUCCACACCAGAAGGAUCUCUCUCUGUCCAAUUAGAGACAGGAAUCAAUGAACUAUUAGAAGGAUCUCUCUCUCUGUCCAAUUAGAGACAGGAAUCAAUGAACUACCAGAAGGAUCUCUCUCUGUCCAAUUAGAGACAGGAAUCAAUGAACUACCAGAAGGAUCUCUCUCUGUCCAAUUAGAGACAGGAAUCAAUGAACUACCAGAAGGAUCUCUCUCUGUCCAAUUAGAGACAGGAAUCAAUGAACUACCAGAAGGAUCUCUCUGUCCAAUUAGAGACAGGAAUCAAUGAACUACCAGAAGGAUCUCUCUGUCCAAUUAGAGACAGGAAUCAAUGAACUACCAGAAGGAUCUCUCUCUCUGUCCAAUUAGAGACAGGAAUCAAUGAACUACCAGAAGGAUCUCUCUCUGUCCAAUUAGAGACAGGAACCAAUGAACUACCAGAAGGAUCUCUCUCUCUGUCCAAUUAGAGACAGGAAUCAAUGAACUACCAGAAGGAUCUCUCUCUGUCCAAUUAGAGACAGGAAUCAAUGAACUACCAGAAGGAUCUCUCUCUGUCCAAUUAGAGACAGGAACCAAUGAACUACCAGAAGGAUCUCUCUCUCUGUCCAAUUAGAGACAGGAACCAAUGAACUACCAGAAGGAUCUCUCUCUCUGUCCAAUUAGAGACAGGAAUCAAUGAACUACC